AUGCUUUGCUCAAUCGAAGCGAUCAAUGGCAAGAAUAUUUGUGGAUAUACCGUUUAUAUGAAAGAAGAUGAAGUUUUACUGCUUCCAGGUACUCGAUUGCGUGUUAAAAACAUUAGUUAUGAUUCUUCUAUCCGUCAAAAUGUUAUACAUUUGGUAGAAAUUGCUAAUGAAAAUCAUAAAAAACCGGUACCCAUCCAUAACCCUAUAUCUUCAACAAGCAAAUCACUUAACAAUGCUUCAGGUUCAACUAAUUCCACAGAAAAAUUUGUUUCAAAGACAACAAUAACGGUGAAUCAAGACCUUUCCAAUAGAGACGAGUCCCAAAAGAAUAUAGAGUCUUCAGUCACUACUUUUUCGAAUGGUGAUCGUUAUGAAGUAAUAUACAAGAAAGGUGAGAAACAAGGUCAUCGUAAAUUAUAUACGGCCAGUGGAGAGACAUACGACGAUUUACGUGCUGAUAGCAAAGCAAAUGGGCAUGGAAUUCGUAUUUGUUCAAAUGGUGAUCGUUAUGAAGGAGGUUUUAAGAAGGGUAGGAUGAAUGGAUAUGGUAGUCUCUAUUGUGCUAAUGGAUAUACAUAUGUGGGUGACUGGUUAGGUAAUGAACCUUAUGGUAAUGGAACGAGUACUUGGCCGAAUGGAAAUCAUUGCGAAGGAUUUCAUAAAGAUGGCAAAAUUCACGGUUAUGGCACAUAUUAUUCUGCGAAUGGAGACGAAUAUCAAGGCGAUUUGACUGAUGGAAAGGCACAUGGAAAAGGUCUACGCAUUUGGGCAGAUGGUGAUCGAUACAAAGGAGAAUUCAAAGAUGAUAAAAAGCAUGGAUGUGGUACUUACAAUUAUGCAAGCGGUGGUGAAUAUAAGGGAAAUUGGGCCAAUGAUGAAAUAAAUGGUGCAGGGAUAUUUAAAUGGCCUAGCGAAAGUCAGUAUGACGGAACAUUUAAAAAUGGAAAAAGACAUGGUGUAGGGAAGUUGACCUAUGCUGAUGGCCGAGUCGAAGAUGGUGCUUGGGAAAAUGACACAUUUGUUGGUUAG